AUGGCUCAAUACUUAAGCUUAUCUCAAUUUGCCAAUGUUUCGGAUAGAUUCAAUUUAGAUAGAAUCAGAAGUGAUUUCAAUUCAGUUCAUGGUACUAUUGCCAAACUCAGACCUCCACAAGAAUUCUUUGAUUUUAGAAGAAUCUCAAAACCUGCCAAUUUUGGUGAAAUUCAAAAUAGAGUUGGAUUUAAUUUAGGUUAUUUUUCAGCAAAUUAUAUUGCUAUUGUAUCAAUAUUAAGUGUUUAUGCUCUUAUUACCAAUUUCUUAUUAUUAUUUGUUACUUGUUUUGUUAUUGGUGGGAUUUAUGGUAUUAAUAGAUUAAAUGGGGAAGAAUUAACUACUCCUUUUGGUAGAUAUAAUACUAGUCAAUUAUAUACUGGUUUACUAAUUGUUGCUAUUCCUUUGGGAUUCUUGGCAAGUCCUAUUUCCACUAUGAUGUGGUUAAUUGGUUCCAGUGCUGUUUGUGUUGGUUCUCAUGCUGCUUUGAUGGAAAAACCAAUUGAAACUGUAUUUGAAGAAGAAGUUUAA